AGCAGUGUUGUGGUGACACCAACUGCCUGAGCGAUUUCCCUUCAUUUCCUAAUGGGUUCCCGAGGAAGCAUGUUCUCCAGGAUCCUCAGUCUCUUUCGGAGGGACAAUCAUAUCCAUGUAGAGACCAGACCAAGGCAGAGGGAGGCCAGCCUUCUAUCACGUUGGAGAACAAGACGAAUGGAAAGGUCCUUGAGGAGGUCAAAGUCUGAUCAGAAGGCAUCAUCCCAACCCUCCACGACACCUGUUGAGGAGGAGAGAAUGAAGCGUUUGGAGAACCUCAAAAUUGCCCUCCACAAGAUGCAAAAGGAGAGAGAUGAACUCAGGAGAAUCCUGGCGGAUUACCCUGGAAAGAAUUUAAAUGACAGGAACAAGUUUGAGUCCGAGAUGCUCAUGAUGCAGCACGAGGAAGUGAUGACCGACAUGAAGAAAAUGAGCGAGCAGAUCAAUACCGCUUUGGUCAAAUGUAAAAACCUUACACUGGAAAAUGACUGGUACUGCCGCAGCUUCUGCCCCCUCCUAACUGAGUGUUUUGAGCUGAAGAACAAUGCCCAGAGAGCAUGGAAUGAGUACAAGAGGCUUCUAAGGGAUCAGAUUGCACUGGAAGAAUCCAUUAAGGAAACAACAAGGUUCUGUGGGGAAGCCAGUAUGAAAAUCCGAGUAACAAGCAGCCUCAGGUCUGAACACUCCAGCAGACGCUUGCCCAUGGCCCAGACCAGGACUACAGCUCUCAGAGACAGACCUGUCCACCAGGAGCACUGAGGGUGCAAAGAUUGACAACACCUCCCGCAUCUCAGUCCUUGUAACCUUUCCAAUCUUGGGCUGAAUUUGAAAGACCUUGAGAUGUGGCAUGGAACACGCCUCACGUUUAACCCUUUGACGACUUGUCCAUCAACAACCAACCACCCUGUAUGAGGCAGGUCUACAUUCCUCUUGAAGAGAUUUUACCAUCUUACCUGCCGUUCUGCUGUGUUUGCAAGGCCAGCAACAGGCUGGAGUUACAUGUUGAAAAAUCAGCAUGAAUUGAAUGCUGACUAAUUUACUUGUUAUAUUUGGUUUUUAGUUUGAAGUUUGGUUGUUUUAUGCAUUUGGUUUUAUUUGUUUAAGUUUGAAGUUUUUUAUUCAUUUGUUAACUUUAGUGUAUGUAAUUAAUAUUAAUUAAUUAAUAUUCCUAAGGCUAUAUACAUUGAACUCAUUGACUCCCCAAUUUAAAAUGUUCUUGAAUAAAUUAAUGUUUGUCUAUAAAUAAAAAUGUGACCUUUAACCCUUCACUCACAAG